GAGUGUAUGAGGAAACAGGUUGAAGCAGAUGAGUGGAGUAAUGGAAGGUGAGUGGAAGCGUGUAGCAGUGGCUCUGCUCUGUGCUGCCGGUGUGAGUGUUUUCCUGCUGAAAUGGAGAAAACAGGAGAAAGUGAAAAGGAAACUGCAAAGAGCCAGAGAGAAGAGAGAGAAGGAGCUCGGACAGGCAGAAAAAGCAGUCCAACACUUUAGGACUCAGAAUCCUGGUGUUGAUUUGAGCUCCAUCCUGACCCUUUCACUGGCUGAACUGAGUCAGCGGAUCAGAGGAGGAUCUCUGCAGCCCGACGCUGUGCUCCAUGCCUACAUGGAAAAGGCUCUGGAGGUGCACAAGAAACUAAACUGUGGUACUGCUGUCCUUACUGAGAGUCUGAACCAACUGGAAGACAUCGAGUCUCACAAAGACGGCCUUCUUUAUGGCAUUCCGGUCAGCAUCAAGGACAAUCUGGAUUAUGAGGGCUACGACUCAACCUGUGGCGUGUUGACUAAGCUAAACAAUCCUGCCGUUAAGGACAGCGUGGUGGUCUCAGUGCUGAAAAAGCAGGGAGCAAUCCCCUUCAUCAAAACCAACAUCCCACAAGGUCUCCUUAACUAUGAAUGUAGUAACCCCAUAUACGGAAGAACAGUGAACCCCUGCAACAUUGAAAAGGUGUGUGGCGGCUCUUCAGGAGGUGAGGGAGCUCUGAUUGCUGGAGGAGGAUCUAUUCUGGGUCUGGGAACCGACAUCGGAGGAAGCAUCCGCAUCCCAGCUGCUUUCUGUGGCAUCUGUGCCUUAAAACCAACAAACAACAGGAUCAGUGUGCGUGGACUCUCUUCAUGUGUAAAAGGCGGAAAGACGGCCCUGUCGGCCGUUGGUCCCAUGGCCCGUGAUGUGGAGAGUCUGGCUCUGUGUAUGAAAGCUUUACUCUGCCCAGACAUGUUCACUCUGGACCCUACGGUUCCUCCACUACCGUUCAACCAGGAGGUGUACGAGAGUUUGGAGCCCCUGAGGAUUGGAUACUACGAGAACGACGAGUACCAUCAGCCGUCUCCAGCAAUGAGCAGAGCUCUAUGGAAGACCAAAGAGCUCCUGGAAAAAGCGGGACACACGCUAAUUCCAUUCAACCCUCCUCGCAUAUUCACCGCCUUCAAUGAGUUGGUUGUGAGGGGAAACCUGGCAGACGGCGGCGCCACCCUUCUACAGCACUUUAAGGAAGGCCCCAUCGAUCCAUCUCUGCAGUACCAGGUUUCAAACUGGAGUCUUCCCACGUUUAUGAAGAGAAUCAUAUCUCUGCUUCUUAGACCUUUUUAUCCACGCAUGGCUGCCCUCGUACACGCCUCCAGUGGAGUCAGCUCUCCAGCAGAUCUGUGGAAACAGCACAAAGAGGCUGAGGAUUACAUCCAUGAGACUGUAGCUGAGUGGAGGAGGCUGGUGCUGGAUGUUCUCCUCUGCCCCAUGCUGGGGCCGGCCUACAACUUCAACUACACCGGAAAACUAAGCGGUCCUCUGAGUUACACCGCUCUCUAUAACGUGCUCAACUUCCCUGUCGGAGUCGUUCCUGUUACAGUGGUCACGGACGAGGAUGAAGAUCAGCUCAAACACUACAAAGGGAACUUUGGAGACGUCUCAUACAAGACCUUUGUCAAGGCCAUACAAGGUGGUGUGGGUCUGCCUAUAGGAGUGCAGUGUGUGGCUCCACCCUGGCAAGAAGAGAUGUGUUUACGUCUUAUGAGAGAAGUGGAAAAGCUUUGUGCCAAGAACAAAAGCUUUAACAUGCACCACUAAACACACACACACACACACACACACACACAUGCACACACAGGUUAUCUUUGUCACACAGAUUGACAGAUUAAAAGGACAUUAUCUCAUGAAAAUUUAUCGAGCUACUCACGAUCCAGACUUGGGUGUGGGCGUGGCCUAAGGUUUUCAUUCAGUUCUGAUUAUGAAUUGUGAAUUUUGAUUACAUUUUAAUGCAGACAUAUUUGGCAUUAUUUAAUAUAAUCUGCAUUCCUAAAACUUAAUAAACCAAUCUGGUGUGUG